UUGGCGAUGUCAAAUUUCGACAAACGGGAAGGAAAAAAAGAAGUUUUGUUUUGAUCGUGCGCUAGGAACUUGUUUUUAUUAAAUCUGUGUUUCGUUUGUAAGAAAUAGUUCCAGUGUAAGUGAAAAAAACUUGACCGUUCGUGCCUCUUCGGAGGAAUAUAGUCAUACGGUCAGACUCCGCUUUUUUUGCUGCUGCGAUUGCGCGUUUUUGUCGUGUUCGCGUAGUGUUUGUUUUGGUGAUGCUGAAUCAGCAGGAAUCACGUAGGAAAACCAGCGAACAAAUUGGACGCUAAAUCCAGUCGUCCUCCGGAAGCUACCGACGAUGUUCGAGGAUGAAUCCGGGUUCGGAGCACGGCAUCGGCGCUGGUAUCGACUGCAUGGUCAUCUCCUUCGCUAUUGGACCUAUCCUGAUGAUGAAAAAUACAAGCCUCCAAUCGGAAGUAUUGAUUUGCUGAAGUGCUCAGAAAAAUUCCGACGUCCACCACCGCCGGAUGAUGUUGAAUCGCUGGUGCUAGCAAAGCAAGGCAAUACUGCUAUUCAGCGGUAUUUGCUGUCUGCUGAUUGUGAGUAGUAUUGAGAUGAGUAUCUUAGUUAGUUAUUAGUUAAAAUUAUGAGUUCGAUAACAGGUGAAGAUUAGCG